UUCCCACCCUUUUCUUUGGAAAUCGUCAUCACCUUCAUUUCUCCUCCUCCUCCUCCCUCCAGCUUACCUUCCUGGCUUGACUUUUGAGUCUUCCUUCCCUUCACUAGAACCUGUUCUAUAUCGUUGUUCUUCGCACCAUGCGCUGAAUUGCUGAUCCACUCUUUCUUGUUCAUUUCUUCGAUCACUGCCACACUUCUUUUUGAUUGCCUGCUCUCUCCAUACCCGUAGGGGUAAACUUCAAUGAUGGCUGCCUCCAUUCUGCCGUUCCGCGACAUCAACCUGCACGCUUCGUCCUCUCAUUAUGCCUUCACUUCUCCCUCGUCACCUAAUGCCCCAACUCUUGUCGUCGACCGUCCAACGGGUGACUUGCGCCUCACAAAUGGGACCCUUUCCGAUGCAAAGCGUAUUACCAGUAUUGCUGGUAUCUUGGGGAUCAUCAAACUAAAACUGGACAAGUAUAUCAUCGUGAUCACCAAGGCCCAGCCGAUGGGUAGACUGCGUGGCCACAUGGUGUACAAAGUUGCUGCGACAGAGUUCCUUCCCUUGCGCGAACGCCCUCUACAUGAUUCCGAUGAGGAUGCUUAUCUGGCACUCUUGAAAGAACAUAUCCGCAGUGGCCCUAUGUACUUCUCCUACGCCCUGGACAUCACCAACAGCUUUCAGCGUCAAUCACAAAGCGACCUCCGUCUUCCCAUGUGGAGGCGAGCGGACGAUCGCUUCUUCUGGAACCGCUUUAUUCAGUCGGAUAUGAUUGACUUCAGCCUUGGAGAACAUGACACGACCGGUGUACGGCUUGGUCCACAACCUGGGAUCGAUCCGUAUAUCCUCCCAGUCAUGUUCGGAAUGUUACGUAUAACUCCGGCAAAGGUGAAAUCGACGUCUUUCACAUUUGCCCUUAUUACGCGAAGAUCCAGGUACCGUGGAGGCACGAGAUACUUCUCGCGUGGUAUUGAUGAUCAAGGGCAUGUCUCAAAUUACAACGAGACUGAGCAAAUUGUCAUUCUGAACGAUGCAACGGGUGGUCUUUCUGGUUUCGCCGGAGGCCAGUCUCUGGCGAAGGAGAAGUUAGGUGGCUCUGGUCAAGAUCUCCAGGUCAUGGCCUUUGUGCAAACCAGGGGCAGUGUCCCCGUCUACUGGGCCGAAGUCAAUAACCUCAAAUACACACCAAAACUCCAGGUCCGUGGGGUGGAGACUGCUGUGGACGCUGCUCGCAAGCACUUUUCCGAACAGAUUCGACUAUAUGGCGAGAACUACCUGGUCAAUUUGGUGAAUCACAAAGGUCGGGAAGAACGAGUCAAGAAUGCCUACGAGCAGUUGGUCCGUAUUCUAGUGACAUCUUCUACCGAAGACACCGAAGCAGAUGACGCAACCUCGGAAAAGGUACAUGCCGUAGAGCCCGGACUCAGACAAAACGAGAUGGAUAGAUUGCAUUACGUCUAUUUCGACUUUCACAAUGAGACCAAGGGACUGAAGUGGCACCGCGCAGAACUGCUGCUGGACCGGUUGAUGGACGGACUCACCCGGGGUGGCUAUUUCCGCGGAGUGGAAGAUCCUGGUCUUCCUGGUGGACAAUUAGAUAUCCGUUCCGCGCAGACCAGUGUCGUCCGGACCAAUUGCAUGGACUGUCUUGACCGCACGAAUGUAGUGCAAAGUAUGUUGGGACGUUGGGCCAUUACACGCCAGCUCACCGAUGCUGGAGUUUUGCGUCCAGGAGAAGCUGCAAAUGACGACCGGGAGUUCGAGAAUCUGUUCCGCAAUAUUUGGGCGGACAAUGCCGACGUGGUCUCAAAAUCCUACUCUGGCACAGGUGCACUUAAAACUGAUUUCACACGCACGGGAGAGCGUACUCGUGCAGGGAUGUUGCAGGAUUUGAACAACUCGAUAACACGUUAUGUGCGAAACAACUUCUUAGACGGUCCACGGCAAGACGGCUUCGAUGUGUUCUUGGGUGCCUACCUCCCUCCUGACUCUACUUUGGGGAGUCUCCAGCUCUUCCUCGACCGGCGACCUCUGAUAAUUCAGUCAAUCCCCUACAUCUUCGCGGCUGGAAUUUUCAUGAUCAUGGUCUCAACGUUCACUAGGCGCCUGCCAGACUCUGCUGUGUGGCCACUUCGCUUGUUUGUAAUCUUUUGGCUUGUUGUCAGCGCCUGGUGUGCCCGGUUUAUACUUGCUCAUGGGAUGCUUUAUGUGAAUUGGCCCAAAUUGAACACACCCGCAGCUGGCUCUGAAGGGUACCAAGAUGCACUGAUUAAGGCUCGCUCGGAUCCGAUCAUCGGCCAAUGGCUACCUAUCAGAAGACACCAGAGAGGCUAUAGUAAUGCCAGGCUGGUCUUCUUAGAAGAAGGUAAAACAAGGAUCGAGUAGUCUCAUCGACACGCUUGCCAUGUCAUCACUUCGUACACUAUAUUUCAUAGAUCGUUUAACUUAUCAGCCUCCGGAUGGUGUAUAUCUAGCAAUGCACAGCUUUUACCCCUCUAUAUGUUGGGCUUGUCACAACCUGCUUGUAAUGCCUCCAUGUUUCAAUAAUACUUUCCUAUGACCUCACAACUUGGCAGAAUUUGAAGCACCCCUGCAGCU